GGAUGGAGGCGCCCCUAGGGCACCCUCAGGUCGGGAUGCCAGUUGCCCCGCGUCCGCCGCGCCUUCGCCUGCGGCCCCCCCUCGGGGCCCGCGGCGCCUUUAUACCGAGCCGGCCGACUGCUCACUAAUGUUUAACUCGCGGCUGAAAGUUGGGAGCGCCGAGUGCCUGUGCCCCUAGCAGCGGAGCAGAACGCCCUUCUCGGCGGCUUGCGGUGCCUUCUGCCUGCGCUCCUGCUCGGGAAAGCUCAGUUCCGUGGAGACUCCCACAAUGAAGACACUGUGGAAGGUUCUCCUGGGACUGCUGGGUGCUGCUGCGCUCAUCACCAUCAUCACCGUGCCCGUGGUUAUGCUGAACAAAGACACAGAUGAUGCUGCAGCUGACAGUCGUAGGACUUAUACUUUAACUGAUUAUUUAAAAAAUACUUUUAGAAUUAAGUACUACUCUUUACGGUGGAUAUCAGAUCAUGAAUAUCUCUACAAACAAGAUAAUAAUAUCUUGUUAUUCAAUGCUGAAUAUGGAAACAGCUCUAUUUUCUUGAGGAACAGUACAUUUGAUGAACUUGGAUACUCUAUAAAUGAUUAUUCAGUAUCUCCUGAUGAACAGUUUAUUCUCUUAGAGUACAACUAUGUGAAGCAAUGGAGGCAUUCCUACAUAGCUUCAUAUGACAUUUAUGAUUUAAAUAAAAGGCAGCUGAUUAUAGAUGAGAAAAUUCCAAAUGACACACAGUGGAUCACAUGGUCACCAGAGGGUCAUAAAUUGGCAUACAUUUGGAACAAUGAUGUUUAUAUUAAAAAUGAACCAAAUUUACCAAGUCAGAGGAUCACAUGGAAUGGAAAAGAAGAUGUAAUAUAUAAUGGAAUAACUGACUGGGUUUAUGAAGAGGAAAUCUUCAGUGCCUACUCUGCUCUGUGGUGGUCUCCAAACGGCACUUUUUUAGCAUAUGCCCAAUUUAAUGACACAGAAGUCCCACUUAUCGAAUACUCCUUCUACUCUGAUGAGUCACUACAGUACCCAAAGACAGUGCAGGUCCCAUAUCCGAAGGCAGGAGCUGCGAAUCCAACUGUAAAGUUCUUUAUUGUAAAUACAGACUCUCUCAGCCCAACCACCAAUGCAACAUCCGUACAAAUCACGGCUCCCGCUUCUGUAUUAAUAGGGGAUCAUUACUUGUGUGAUGUGACUUGGGUAACCCAAGAAAGAAUUUCUUUGCAGUGGCUCAGGAGGGUUCAGAACUAUUCUAUCAUGGAUAUCUGUGACUAUGACAAAUCCGUUGAAAGGUGGACAUGCCUAGUGGCAAGGCAACACAUUGAAACGAGUACUACUGGCUGGGUUGGAAGAUUUAGGCCUUCAGAACCUCACUUCACAUCUGACGGUACUAGUUUCUACAAGGUUAUCAGUAAUGAAGAGGGCUACAGACACAUUUGUCGUUUCCCAAUAGAUAAUAAUGACUGCACGUUUAUUACAAAAGGAGCCUGGGAAGUCAUCGGGAUCGAAGCUCUUACCGAUGAAUACCUAUACUACAUUAGUAAUGAACAUAAAGGAAUGCCAGGAGGAAGAAAUUUGUAUAAAGUCCAACUUAAUGAUGUCACAAAAGUGACAUGCCUUACUUGUGAGCUGUAUCCAGAAAGAUGUCAAUACUAUUCUGUAUCAUUUAGUAAAGACACAAAGUAUUAUCAACUGAGAUGUUCUGGCCCUGGUCUGCCCCUCUAUACUCUGCAUAGCAGCAGGACUGAUGAAGAACUCAGGGUCCUGGAAGACAAUUCAGCUUUGGAUAAAAUGCUGCAGGAUGUACAGAUGCCCUCAAAAAAUCUGGACUUCAUUGUUUUGAGUGGAACGAAAUUUUGGUAUCAGAUGAUCUUGCCUCCCCAUUUUGAUAAAUCCAAGAAAUACCCUCUGCUAUUAGAAGUAUAUGCAGGCCCCUGCAGUCAAAAAGCAGAUACUGUCUUCAGACUCAACUGGGCUACUUACCUUGCAAGCACAGAAGACAUUAUCGUAGCCAGCUUUGAUGGCAGAGGAAGUGGUUACCAAGGAGAUAAGAUCAUGCAUGCAAUAAACAGAAGACUGGGAACAUUUGAAGUUGAAGAUCAAAUUGAAGCAGCCAGGCAAUUUUCAAAAAUGGAAUUUGUGGAUGACAAACGGAUUGCAAUUUGGGGCUGGUCAUAUGGCGGGUAUGUAACCUCAAUGGUCCUUGGAUCAGGAAGUGGUGUGUUCAAGUGUGGAAUAGCUGUGGCGCCUGUAUCACGCUGGGAGUAUUAUGACUCAGUGUACACAGAACGUUACAUGGGUCUCCCAACUCCAGAAGACAACCUUGAAGGUUACAGGAAUUCAACAGUCAUGAGCAGAGCUGAAAAUUUUAAGCAAGUUGAGUACCUCCUUAUUCAUGGAACAGCAGAUGAUAACGUUCACUUUCAGCAGUCAGCCCAGAUCUCCAAAGCACUGGUGGAUGCUGGAGUGGAUUUCCAGGCAAUGUGGUAUACUGAUGAAGACCACGGAAUUGCUAGUAGCACAGCACACCAACAUAUAUAUACCCACAUGAGCCACUUCAUAAAACAAUGCUUCUCUCUUCCUUAGUACCUCAAAAUAGCCUACCAUUUAAAGAUCAUUAAAAACAAUUUGUAUUCUCAGUAUCUCGAAACUGUACUGUCCAGAUGAUGAUCUUAAAGAAAAUACACUCAAAUCAAGAAAUUUAAGGCUACCCUUGUCCCCAAAUUUUAUACCUAUAAUCUUAAGUAGGGGUUUCUGUCUUUGUCACAGAUUAUUGUCUUACAGAAAAGUGUGAAUUAUUCAGUCCGGUUCUGUUUAUCAUUUAAAAUCAUUUCCAUGUCAACUGUUGAAACAACAGAAAAUAUGAAUUAUGGAUGCUUUGCAUAGGUUCCUGGACAGCAUUUUCUCUUUUUCUAACUGGACUAAUCCAGAUCUUUCCUCUUCUUUAAAGGAAUGGCAAAAUGUGGGCAGUGAUGUCACUAAGGUAGAAGCAAAAAAAAAAAAAAAGAG